UUAUGCCCAACUUCAUGUCUGUGGGACCACUUGGAGGAGUUAUCAAGGAGGACAAUUUGUUGCUUAAGUUGUGUCUGAUUUAUAAUAUCAGUAAUAAUAAUAUCAGCCUCGAGUAUUUUAUACCACAGAGCUGCUGUGAAAAUAAAACCAACAACAAAGGAGGCAGAUAAACAGAGCAGCUUCAUUCAACGAAUUUGAAAUAAGUUUUUUUUAACUGGACUGGACUGCACUCAAUUGCAGAAAUAUGGCUUCUCGCAAGCGGAUCCUGAGCACCCUGGGAAAUGGCCGCGCUCGACGCAACUUGUUUGGUCCAGUCGACCGAGAGCAGCUGCAGGAGGAGUACAAGGCUGCCCUCCGGAAAGACCUGGAAGAGGCUUCGAAUCGCUGGGGCUUCGACUUCAUCUUGGACAAGCCUCUGGAGAGCAGCGAUUUCCAGUGGGAGGGCAUUCCAGGUGCCAAGGUGCCGCUGCUCUACAGAUCCUGUAUGCUUGGUCUGGAACAGACGGAGAAUCAGAGGGUGGCAGAGUCAGCAGUUAGGCCAAAGGGAGGAAAUCUGGGGCCAUCGCAGCGUGAGAAGGAGAACAUCCCGUGUUCGCCAGAGAGAUGUGCGCACAACCUGGAGAAAACACCAGAGAGAGACAACACAGGACUGAAGAGGAAACAGACAAACAUUACAGAUUUCUAUCAGGCUAAAAGAAGAGUAGUUUGGAUGCCACGCAAAUCCGGCGAGUGAUUCCUCAGUGCUGUUUACUGCAAAGGUGCCAAUAUCCAAAAAGUAACCACACAGACAGUACUACACUCAGGAAUGCUGCGCACUGCUCAGACUCUCAACAGUAACUCAUCAUGGGGCCUCGUACCCAGUGAAUCGUCCGACAACAGAAGGGACUUCAGCUGCACAUCAUUGAUAUCAAGUUAAUUAGGGUACUGUAUUCACUCUGAGGGGUUUGGUGUUUUUCCCAUUGGUAAGAAGGGGACAUUUGAGCAGAGAAGAUUAACGAUAAUCUCUUGAAUCGGUGGAUUUAUACUCGUUUGGAUCAUGUGGAUGCCAAAGUGUUGACUGACGUUUCCUGCUGUACAUUCCAGGAUAGAGAUGAUGGACAAACACGUUACUGUAUACACUUGAAACAGAUGUCAUAUUGGUUAAAGUCGUUCUGUCUCAUAAAACUUACGACAAAAGAUGCAGAAUGAUUGAAAUGUAGUAUGGAUGAAGCCCUUUGGCUCCUUUGUUCUAUCUCCACUAUUGUUUUUCUACAGUGUUAUUUCUUUAUGUCUAUCAUGGGGGCUUUUUUUUUUUUUUUUUUUUUUUUUUUUUUUUUUUUUUUUUUUUUUACAAAAACAUUUAUGAUAUUUUCUAUAUCCAGAUGUACAGCUGUGUUUUCUCUACCAUCAUGUACUCAGAGGAACAUACUUGAAGAGUUCUGAUAUCCUGUACAUGCUGUUGGCUUUGCUUAGAUCGUUAAUGACAGAAGUGCCAUCAUGUCCUCAUCCUUUCCUUCCAUCUACUGUAAUGCCAACUGAUUUUCAAAGUAGAUCUCCUUACACGCCCCAGCCCAGACUCUGACAUGUGUAAAGCACCAGAUAUUGUAGGUUAGGAGUGUAGCACCAUGUCUGUGGAACUCUUAAAAACACAUAUAUUUAGGUUUAUUUAGAAAUAUAUCAAAGAUCUAUCUAUAGAGUUUUAUACAGCACUGUUAAGUAGCAUAAUCAUUAAAAACAUUGCAGUAUUGCACAUACAUUUGAUAGGUGGUGUAUCCAAAACAGCCUGUUUUAAGUUCCUUUAUGGCAUUUGUUGAAGCUCCAUUAAGGACAAUCAGAAGAAAGUGUUCCCAGAAGCAACCAUAUUACGUACUAAGCUUAGUGCUUUUCUUUUUGGACACAUAGUGCAAUUAUAACAAUGUGUUAUUAUCUGCCUCAAAACAAAUAGCAUGUUUGGUUCAAGACACGUAUUUAUGUCUAUGUUGGCAAAUCCUGCUGCUAUGGGUAAUCUGAAUGGGUGUCAAACAAGGUCACCAUAAUGCUAAUCCUUACGAACUCGCAGCUUAGAAUUGUUUGAAUACGAUGCUAAGCAAAUAACAGCAUUACCCCAAACAAGAAAUGCACUUCUGUUAAUAGAUGCUUGUGCACAGGUCCUACAUGUUGUUUUACGUUAAAAGCUACAAAUGAAAAGAUCUAUCCUUAUUUAUUGUGAGAUGCUAUUCCUUGUGUCAAUUUAGUUUUGUUUAAUUAUUAUGAGAAUUCCAAUAAAAUGUACAAAUUAAAUU